GCAAAUUUUCAUCCCAUAUGGAUUCUAAAGUGAUAAAUAAAAAUGUGAUUUAGUAAAAAGUUUAUAUAAGCAUUCAUUACUUUCACCAAAACAAAGUUAUAAUUUGCCACAAAAAACCUUUUGACAUAAAGCCUUUGACUUUGUUAAAACCAAAAUCCUUCAAAUCUUCAACACUUUUACAACUUCCAGCGCGACGUCGUUUGAUCAGCCAAUAAACAAAAAAAGUCUUUUAACUCCGGCGAAUCAAAUCUUGGCUGUAAACGGUGGCUACGACGUGCUUCGUUUCUUCCCUUCCGCCUUUUUCUCUUUCUACCAAACGCCUUUCAUCAUCAUCAUUGACGCUAAAUUCAAAGAAAAAAGAUUUGAUGGCUUCGACAUCUGGUGACUCUUGGAUGAAGGAGUACAAUGAAGCGAACAAAUUAGCUGAAGAUAUCAAUGGUAUGAUAUCUGAGAAGACUGCAAAGUCGGGUUCUGGCCUAGAUUCACAACGCCACUUUUCAGCUAUACGGCGAAAGAUAACAAUCUUGGGGACGAGACUGGAUAGCCUAGAAUCCUUGUUAGCUAAGCUUCCUAGUAAGCAGUCUAUAUCAGAGAAAGAGUUAAAUCGCCGUAAGGACAUGCUCUCGAAUUUAAGAACGAAGACUAAUCAGAUGGCAAGCACUUUGAACAUGUCAAAUUUCGCCAACCGAGACAGCUUACUUGGUCCGAAUACUAAACCUGUUGAUGCCAUGACUAGAGUUGCUGGGCUGGAUAAUCAAGGCAUUGUUAGUCUUCAAAGGCAAAUCAUGAAAGAGCAAGAUGAAGGGCUUGAGCAGUUGGAGGAGACUGUUAUAAGUACAAAGCAUAUCGCACUCGCUGUGAAUGAAGAACUUGAGUUACAUACAAGGCUCAUUGAUAAUCUGGAUCAGCAUAUUGAAUUUACCGGCUCUCGACUACAGCGUAUUUCAAGGAGUCUAGCGAUUCUAAACAGGAAAACAAAGGAUAGUUGCUCGUGCUUAUGCCUACUGUUAUCAGUUGCAGGGAUUGUGAUUCUAGUUCUUGCUAUCUUUGUGUUGAUAAAGUACUUGUGAUCAUAUCGAACAAAUGUGUGCAAUGUUUGUGAGAUAUCUUCCUCUCCCUCUUCCUCGUCUUCCUGUUUUCUAUUCAAUCUGCCUUUGUUGCCCUCGCCCGCCUGUUUGUGAAUUUAGUCGCGGGUUGGUUUGCCUCACCAUUGUGUAUGUAAUAGAAAAACCAAAGGACUAUGGGAAUAAAGUGUUGGGUGUUUUAUUUUCAAAA